UGGUCCAGAGUAAAAAUGGGGUUUGGUGUAAAUCCAGGGUGUAUUGCUGUCAUAUAUCACAUUACCUCGUAAAAACGACACUGAGGAUUCUGGGCCAACAAAUCAGAGAGGUAAAAAUAUGAGUUCUUAUUAUGUGGAUGGUCUUCUUAGUAAAUAUACGGCGGGUAGUUCUCUGUUCCCAAACGUAGAGCGGGCUUCUCGCAGCACUGGACCCAGUGGAGAGGACUGUGACUCGGCUCGGACUGCUGCGGCCAUCGCAUUUGCACCGUCCCUGUCUGGAGUCUACAGCGUCAGUAAUGCAGUAUACCAGAGCCACCCCAUGUUUACCUCGGCCUAUAGCCAGGGGCAGGACGCACGCACACUGCAGUGCAGCCCUUUUGGCCAAAGCCGCCUGUUCACCGACAGCUGCUGCAGUCCGGGACCGGGACCUCUCACGUCACCGCCGGACAAACAGUACAGGAUGUACCCCUGGAUGAGAGCUUCAGAUCCUCAUCGCAGGCGGGGACGGCAGACCUACUCCCGGUACCAGACCCUAGAGCUGGAGAAGGAGUUCCACUUCAACCGGUACGUGACCCGCAAACGGAGGAUUGAGAUAGCCCAUGCCCUCCGCCUCUCAGAGAGACAGAUCAAAAUCUGGUUUCAGAACCGCAGGAUGAAGUGGAAGAAAGACCACAAGGACGAACCGGAGUCAAACCCCGAAGAACAGGACGGUGGUGUUCAGAAGGUGUCGGAGGCCGCGGAUCCAGAAAGCUCCGGUUUGGAGCCAGAAACAGCUGCAAAGUAACUAAAGAAACGGACAAAGAAUAAAACCAUUAAUGAAAGAGACACACGGUCAAACCAAGAUGUUCUCUCACGUGUCUUUAAUGCACUAGAGUUUUGUAACUUGACUGACUGAAUGACAGCUGAAGGCAAUUGUGUAAUAAGCAUUAAACAACAGACUGCAGAUCAGUAAUUCACAUUUAAACCUGAAAUCCAAAAAAGGCCCCGCGCCACAGAGCGAUGAACUACCUAUCCAAACUAUAUUUUUAUAUACACAUAAUCUGAUUAUACUACUGACUCAACAUUCCUAUAACGACAAACUAUUAAUAAUUUUAACCUGCUAAUAUUAAAGACAGACACUGAUGAUAGAUUCAUCUGUUAUUGUUUUUUUCCAAGGUUUUUAUUUUUCAGAGAACAAAUAGAACAUGCAGCGGAAAUGUGCCUUACCUUGAAAACAGGCAAAUGAAAAGUGAAUGUUUUGUUAGUGAAAUGCCUCCAACUGUGAUUUAGACGCUUCUUUACAUUUAGAUUUAGUAUCGUUACGUACUUUAGCCAUUAGCCUUUUUACCCAGUCAGUACCUGAAUCAACAGAAACAUUCUGUCGAGCUUUGGAUGAACUUCUGUAAUCUACCUCAGACAGCCCCCAGGAAUACCCUAAUGUAAUGUGGACUGGAAGAUGUUGCGUUUAUAUCUUAUUUCAUGUUAGGCUCAUAAUUUCAUCCCUGUUUGUGAAAAAUAACAGACUAAUAAAUGCAUGUACUAUUGUCUAGAUAGCACUUCAUUUCAGGUUCCUUCUUCUGACAGUGUAACAUGAGUAGGCCAUUCUAAUCCACAAAUAUGCAAAUGCAAUGCGCGCACGUUUUCAGUGAUAAGUGUGUGAACAUAGGAAUAGAAAAAUGCAUCAGCCUCUGGGAAUGUCUGACAUGUCUGAAUUGAAAUAUAAUACUUGAAUAAAAUAGCU